CAGUCAAACGCCGGCCAUGUUUAGACAGGUUGCUUGAUUCCGUCUUCACUACAACUUAAAUUGUUUCUCUGGUUUUACCUUGCACACCUUGUUUUUGUGUCAAAACAACCCGGUUUAUUAGCUAUAACCGCUGCGUCAGAAACAAACGACUGUUUGAAUUCACAGGAACAGAUGCGCUCGUGUAGUUAUGUUAGAGUUGUGCUAAUUGCUAACUGAAUGACAGGCUUUUUAUUUUUAUUUUAAACAAAUCGCUCAUGCAAGCUGUUUAGUCGUAACUGUAUGUUUUUGAUGAUUAGCUUCGAACAGGCUAAUUCUUCACAAGGUGACGCAUUAUAGGAGAGUAAAUGUGAAGAAGGUAUCUACUGGGGAAUAAAAUAAAUAACGUUACAGGCCUGUUUUGACCACUUAGCAUCAUAAUGCUAAAGGCUAUCUCGAGAUAGAUGCACUUCCACCUCUGUUGUAUAUAAGCAGUGUGUAUUAACUAAUGCAUUAGCGUUGUUUUUUUCAGUGUAAGUAGAAACUAUUUCCGUUAUCAAGAGAAAUCAUCCAUGUUCUUCUGAUACACGGACAUGUAGCGUGCGUUGCUGGUGCAGUGUGACGUCAUGGUGAAAAUCAGCUCAGCAAGCUCAUCCUCCAACAGGGCACCAGGCACACACAUCAAAACAGAGCCGUGUCCUUUUGGAGAGCCUUUAAAUGAUGUGGAACCAGACAAACAUCUGCUUUAUUCAUGUGAUGGCGCUGAAGACUUUGUUUCUGAUAACAUCUCUUCAGAGCUUCAGCAGAUAAAGCAAGAGCACUCUGAGACAGACUUAAUGCGAACAGGGAGCAGAAAUGUACAGCCUGAAUCCAUAGACUUCAGAGUAUCUACAAAGACAGAGCCGGAAUGCGUUUCAGUAAAUUUGAGUGUUGGUCUAAAGACCGAGUCUGAAAUCCAUGAUGUGGAAAGUGGUGAGGCACAUUUCCCCUUGAAGGAGGAGGAGGAAGAAGAGGAUGUUACAAAGAUCAAGCUAGAGACAGCAGAAGAGGAUAGUGAUCCCAGACAGGAUGAAGAAGCAGGCCAAGAAUCUUUCUUUUCCUGCCCUUACUGUGCUGUGUCCUUCACUGACUCCUCUUACCUCGAGAAGCACCUCAAAUGGACCCAUCGGAGUAAUUACCUUGUUUGGCUAAAAACUCAAAAAACACCACAAUGCAUCCAAAUAUCCUCCCAGAUGCUCAGCUGCACUUCUUGCAACCUUCACUUCUUCACCCAGGAGCAGCUGAAGGUCCAUAUGCGGCGCGCCCACCUUCCCACGCCCGCACCGACCCGGAAGCGCUACACAUGUCCACAGUGCGACCGCAGCUUUGACUACAUUGGCAAUCUGCAAAACCACUGUCGUCGGUGCCACAAUUUGUCCACUGUGUGUACUGACGGAGAGCUGAGCUGUGCUUCAUGUGGCGAAAGCUUUGCAGGUAUGUGGGGCCUCGGACCACAUCAGUGCAACAAGCUAGAAGAAGAACAAAAACCAGAAAUAGAUGGAAAUGAACCGCUCUGCACAGACCGCGGUUAUCUGUGUCAACACUGCGGAAAGAACUGUGCUACGCUGCAGUGUUUAACCAUACACACACGCACCCAUACAGGCGAGAAGCCAUAUAUCUGCACUGACUGUGGGAAUAGCUUCAAAGAGAUGGGCAGCUUGCGCAAGCACAUGGUCAUCCACACUGGCGUUAAGCCGUACUCGUGCCCUGAGUGUAAGAAGAGCUUUGCUCGAAUGAGCCACCUGAGUACACACCUGCGCACGCACACAGGCGAGAGGCCGUACCCAUGUCCUGAGUGUGGUAUGAGGUUCAGUCACAGGUCAACGCUGCGUCUACAUCGACGCGUUCACUCCGGAGAAAAGCCGUUCUCUUGUGUGGAUUGCGAGAAGACGUUCGCAACACUGAGCAACCUGAAAGUGCACCUCCUGACACACAACCAGGAGAGGAUCCACAAGUGUAACGAGUGCAGGAAGACGUUUUCCCGGCCCGACGUGCUGAAGAAGCACCUCCGGAUUCACAACGGCGAGAGGCCAUAUGUGUGCACUGUCUGCAGCAAGAGAUUCAAUCGCAUCCAGCACCUCACCAACCACCAGCGCACACACACAGGCGAGAGGCCGUACCGCUGUGACGAGUGCGGUGCAAGCUUCGCACAGUCAGGCGAUUUGACCAAACAUGUGCGUGGGCACACAGGGGAAAAGCCCUACGCGUGUCCUGAGUGCAACCGGUGCUACAGCAAUUCUGGGGACCUGGGCAAGCACAGGCGCACUCACAGUGGCCAGAGGCCUUACAGGUGUCAGCAGUGUGACAAGGCAUUCCUCAUGCCACAACAUUUGAAAACACAUAUUCUUACACACACUGGAGAACGGCCGCAUAUCUGCCCAAAGUGUCAACGCACCUUUAUACGGGCGCACCACCUCACCCAGCACCUGAAUACACAUCACAUUUAGUGUCUAACAUUCUAAAUAACUCAUUGAAAGAGUGUUUGCUUUUGAAAGAGUACUGACUGCUUGUACAUGAUUCUGAUUGUGCUCGUCCGUUGAAAUAGUACCCCCUAUAAAAUGAAAGUACAGAGUAAUAAAUGGUAUUUAUGUCAUUAUUACUGCAUCACUGACCCGCAUCAUCAAAGCUUCCAUAAAGUCAACUAUUCAAAUUAAGCGUGUAUCGUUCUCUAGCCAGUUCCUGUUUCAUUGAAUUAAAUAAUGUGAAUGCCCCGAUGACUAAUAUAGCUGGUGUGAUUUAUAGGCAAAUUAUCCAUACAUUUUAUUUGGAUGGCAUAUGUACUGUCAAUGAUCAACUUCCUGACCUAAAAGUUGUGUGCAUGUCUCUUUAGGUAAGAAGUGACCCUGUUAUCAUAUCAGAGGAACAGACGAUUUUAGGUUGGACUUUAACUAACUACCGAAUGUUAGCAGUGCACCUGACAUUGUAAUUUUGUAAGUACAACUUUGGGAGUGGUAAAUAGGACCAUCUAAUGAGCAUGUGAAUUAUUAUUUUAAAUUAGUUUACAGGAUUAUUAUUAAGAAUGAAAAAGAUUUACAUGUAAUAGGGGGACACCGUGGCUUCGUGGUUAGCAUGUUUGCCCCAACUCAGGGUUGGGGGUUUGAAUCUGACCUCGCCCUGUGCACACACAGUUUGCUUUUUCUCCCCGUUUCGAAACACUUCGGGUGUUUCCUCUGGGUACUCCAGUUUCCUCCUCCAGUCCAAGACAUGCGCUGUAGGCUGAUUGGCAUUUCCAAAUUGUCUGUAGUGUGGGAAUGUGUGUGCCAUUGUGUGCCCUGCGAUGGGUUGGCACCCUGUCCAGGGUGUCUCCCGCCCAGUUCUGGGAUAGGGUCCUGAGUAGGAUAAAUGGUAUGGAAAAUCGAUGAAUGGAAAAAGCACCAGAUGCCAAAUUUUGUAGCACAAAAGCAAGACCAAAGUGUGGAUAUGCUAAGGCAAUUUAAGGAUAAUGGAUAACGUGACUGUACAUAAAAAAAUAAAACAGACACACCAGCAUGUAAUGUGGAUUAUGGAGAAUAAUGUCAGUAGUACUUGAUUAUGCCCUUUUGCGUUACGUGAGUUACAUACAUGAGCAAGCUAACAGUUGUCAUUGUCAAGAGACUUGCAACUUUAAAACAGUUAAUAAGAUAUUUAUUUUCAAAUACUUAAUCCACCCUCAAUUAUUUGCUUAUUAAUCUUUAUAAUUAACAUGUGAUUUCCAUGAUGUCCUGUAGGCCUGUAUCUGGUGAGUAACAGAGUACUUAAAGUGAUGGUAAAAUCCUGUUUACCAGCAGUUAAUAAAAAAAAGUUAAUUUAUUGAUUUAUUUCAUGUAAAUCAUAGCACGAAACUAGAAUUCCCACACAUGAAUAUAACUGACUUUUAAACAUAUUGGGUGAUGUGAAAUCCUUCAUUACUACCAUAUUUAUUUUACCUAUCAUAGAUGUUUAACAUAAAACGUAGCAGUGUAUGCUGUUACGGUACAGUAGACAGAUAUAUCAAGCCUUUACAAAAAGCAUCUAAUGGUCUUAAGUAGUCUAGGUUAUGUGAACAGGAAAGAGUGCAAAGAUGGCUGACAGGAAAGUGCUGAGCAGUAUCUGUGAGUGUAGUCAUUUAAAAUGAGCUUGAGGUGCUAUGAAGUGUGCACACAAAGCUAUCUACUGUAUGAGCGUGGGGCAGUGAAGUGAGCGUGCAGUUCUACGAACACUGAGUACUGAGUCAUGUGCAGUUCCUCUCCCCUCACUCACCAUUUAACACUGCUUACAAGUCAAGUUGAUUGAACUGAAAGUGCCAUGGACUAAAGUAAAAAAAAAAAAAAAAAAAUCAGUCUUUAUUUUAUUAGUAUUUUGAAAAUUUGUGUUUAAAUAAAACAUUAGAUUAACUUACUUAAAAUAAAGGUCAAUUGAAAAUGUGUGUUCUUGUGAGUUUUUUUUAACCACCACAUUCAAUCGCAUAUUAGUAUUACUAUUGUUACUAUUAUAUUUGUUUUGUGUGUAAAAACUGUGGAAAUAAAAUACAAGGUAAACAGAUAUUUCAUGCUAGUAUCGCUGUCAACACCAUAAUGGUUGUCAUCUCAUAAAGCACUAAUUAGCCGAGACAUCUCUGUUGUAACUCAGUACACGUGUUGUGUAGCUGCAUUUCUUUCUGGUACUUCCAGUCUCCCUUAUCCCUUAUAAUUGUGAUUGUUGAAAUGUUUUCUCCUAUUAUACUCCACUGUAAUUGCAG